AUGGCUGAUCAACUCAACAUGGGAGGGCUCUCGCUCGGCCCCACCCCCCAGGAGCAACACCCUCCUACCAAGCGAUCUUACAUCCCGCCUCAUAUGAGAGGUAGCCAGGGUCCCGGACCCGGUCCCAUGAACGGUCCUCCCGGUCCAGCUCCCGGCCCUGGACCCAUCGCCGGCCUCAACAGCAGCGCCUGGGCAAACAACAACUCCUACGACAACCGUCCCCAGUGGAACGGCCCCCCUCCCCGCAACAACGGGUUCAGGGGAGGCCCUCAUUCCUUCGACCCCAACGCGUAUGCCGGUCCCGGUGCGCACGGCGGAGGUGGCGGAGGACAAGCUAGGGGCUCUGGGGAUGGUCGUUGGCAGGAUGGAAAACACGUGCCUGGCCCUGCCAACCCUCGCGUUGAGCGCGAGCUCUUCGGUACCCAAGAUGAUCCGUCCAAGCAGCACACCGGUAUCAACUUUGAGAAGUACGACGACAUCCCCGUCGAGGCUUCGGGUCAGGAUGUUCCUGAGCCUGUCCUUACCUUCUCCAACCCUCCUCUGGACGACCACUUGAUCUCGAACAUCGCGCUUGCUCGAUACACCAACCCAACUCCAGUGCAGAAGUACUCCAUCCCCAUCGUCAUGGGCGGCCGUGACCUGAUGGCUUGCGCUCAGACUGGUUCGGGAAAGACUGGUGGUUUCCUCUUCCCCAUCCUCUCUCAGGCCUACAAGAGCGGCCCAUCUGCCAACCCUGUCGGUCAGGGUGGCUUUGGUCGUCAACGCAAGGCCUACCCCACAUCUCUCAUUCUCGCACCCACCCGUGAGCUGGUCUCUCAAAUCUACGAUGAGGCGAGGAAGUUUGCCUAUCGUUCCUGGGUGCGACCUUGCGUCGUCUAUGGUGGAGCCGACAUUGGUUCUCAGCUUCGCCAGAUCGAGCGUGGAUGCGAUCUCUUGGUGGCUACUCCCGGACGUCUGGUCGACCUCAUAGAGCGUGGUCGCAUCUCCCUGCAGAACAUCAAGUACCUCGUUCUUGACGAGGCUGACCGCAUGCUUGACAUGGGUUUCGAGCCUCAGAUUCGACGAAUCGUGGAGGGUGAGGACAUGCCCGGUGUGCAGAACCGCCAGACCCUCAUGUUCUCCGCCACCUUCCCCCGCGAUAUUCAGAUGCUUGCCCGCGACUUCCUCAAGGACUACGUCUUCCUCUCCGUUGGUCGUGUCGGUUCCACCUCUGAGAACAUCACCCAGAAGGUUGAGUACGUUGAGGACAUCGACAAGCGCUCCGUCCUGCUUGAUAUCCUCCACACCCACGGUGCCGGCCUGACUCUGAUCUUCGUCGAGACCAAGCGCAUGGCGGAUUCUCUGUCUGACUUCCUCAUCAACCAGAGCUUCCCAGCCACGUCGAUCCACGGCGACCGCACCCAGCGUGAGCGUGAGCGUGCGCUUGACAUGUUCCGCAACGGCCGUUGCCCCAUUCUUGUUGCAACUGCUGUCGCUGCCCGUGGUCUCGAUAUCCCCAACGUCACGCACGUUGUGAACUAUGAUCUGCCCACCGACAUUGACGACUAUGUGCACCGUAUCGGUCGUACCGGCCGUGCUGGUAACACAGGUAUCUCCACUGCCUUCUUCAACCGCGGCAAUAGGGGCGUCGUGCGAGACCUGAUCGAGCUCCUCAAGGAGGCCAACCAGGAGGUUCCGGGCUUCCUAGAGACCAUUGCUCGUGAGUCGUCGUUUGGUGGCGGCGGUCGUGGCCGUGGCGGCGGCGGUCGUGGUCGUGGAGGAGGUGGUGCCAACCGUGAUUUCCGCAAGUUCGGAGGCGGUGGCUUCGGCGGCGGCGGCGGCGGUGGUGGUGGCUUCGGUGGCCCACCUCCCAACAGCGGCUACGGUGGUGGCUAUGGCGGACCCCCUCCCGCCCCCAGCUACGGCGGCGGUGGCUACGGCGGCGGUGGCUACGGCGGCGGCUACGGCAACCCCGGUGGUCCGGGUGGCCAGUCGUCCUGGUGGUAA